AUGAGUGAUUUACUAGCUCCUUUACUUUUUACACUUCGAGAUGAACCUUUAGCUUAUUGGUGUUUUACUGAAUUAAUGAAGCAAACACUUUUUUGUCAAUCAGAACAGCGCAAAUCUGUUAUGGAAAUUCAGCUGGAUUAUUUACGAGAGUUGAUUCGACUUUUUGUACCUGAGUUCUACACACAUUUAAAGUUUCUUGGAGGUGAUGCUCCUUCUUUAAUGUUCGUUCACCGCUGGAUUUUACUUUUCUUUAAAAGAGAAUUCCCCCAAGCUGAAGCUUUACAUAUCUGGGAGGCUUGUUGGUCUCGUUAUAGAAGUGCCCAUUUCCAUUUGUUUGUUGCGUGUGCAAUUGUUUCAGUAUUUGGUCCAGAUGUAGUCUCUCAGCGCUUGCCUAACGAUGAAAUUCUUUUAUAUUUUUCUUCUUUAGCAAUGCACAUGGAUGCAAAUUUAAUUUUAAGAAAAGCUAGGGGGCUUCUAUAUCAAUUUCACAGAAUGCAACGAAUUCCUUGUACUCUGGUUGGGUUACAAAUUUUGGAAGAGAACGAACCAAAUCAGUGGAAUUCACAUGUGUCUGUCAAAAAAGAAUAUUUCUGUAUGGGAACGCAUGGAAAUGAUGAAACUUGCCCUAUGAAAUCAGAAGAAGAACAGUCUAGUCUAUAAU